AAAAAACUCCGCCGCCACCAAUCAAUAACUGUCGGCAACACAGCAAUCCCACUUUUCCAUUAACUGCUUUUUCGUGCUCCGAGCUCGCCGGAGCCGACAUUCGCAGCGGCGCGUUACCCCAUUUUCUUAUUCUCUCAAAACAAAAUGCAGCGCCACCGUGUCUCCGCCGUGUUUAUUCUAAGCCUGUGCUUUAACAUUGCGCUAGGACAGACUCCUACUCACAGUGUCCUGGACCAACAUUGGUACCCGGGAACCGCCACGUGGUACGGCGAACCCGAGGGCGACGGUAGCACCGGAGGAGCAUGUGGGUAUGGUACAUUGGUGGACGUGAAGCCGUUGAAGGCAAGGGUGGGUGCAGUGGGGUCAGUGUUGUUCAAGAAAGGAGAAGGAUGCGGGGCUUGUUAUAAGGUGAAGUGUUUGGACCAUAGCAUAUGUUCCAAGCGGGCAGUGACGGUUAUAGUAACAGAUGAGUGCCCGGGCUGCCCGUCUGACCGAACGCACUUCGACCUCAGUGGCUCCGCCUUCGGCCGCAUGGCGUUUGCCGGUGAAAACGGUCAGCUCCGCAACCGUGGGGAAAUCCCAGUCAUUUACCGAAGAACACCAUGCAAGUAUGCUGGGAAAAACAUCGCCUUCCAUGUCAAUGAAGGUUCCACACCUUUCUGGCUAUCACUUCUUGUGGAGUUUGAAGAUGGAGAUGGUGACAUCGGCUCCAUGUAUAUACAAGAGGGAGGGUCAAGUGAGUGGGUGCAGAUGAGUCAUGUUUGGGGUGCAAAUUGGUGCAUUGUAAGAGGGCCUUUGAGAGGACCUUUUUCUGUUAAAGUAAGCACUUCCACAGGGAAAAGCCUCACUGCCAAAGAUGUUAUUCCAAGCAAUUGGACUCCCAAAGCAACUUAUACAUCACGCUUGAAUUUCCUUUCUUAAACCAUUUCCAAGCCUCAGGGAAGCACUUUUUACCUUUGCUCAAAUUCCACUUGGAAGAUACAGUUCUUGGCCUUAGUGUCUUUAUGUUUUUAAAUAAGAAACAAAAGUAGAAGUUGAGUGCACAAGGUUAUUCAAUGGUGUUUUUGUUUCUUAAUUUUACUUCUUUUUUUGCAUUUGUAUACCUGUAACUUUGUCAUUUCUGUGGUGUGCAACUGUUUGUAUUUUGUAUUCAAAGUGAUGGGGUUGCCCUCUCCAAAUUGGAGGGAGAGCUUGUAGUGGUAGUGUAGUAUAUAUUUAGUAAAAUGUGUGUAUUAUUCCAAUGUACUUUAAAUGAUGAAUGUAUAAGUUUUAGAACCAGAGAUGAUAGAUUACUAUAUUUUAUUUUCAUGUUGAUAUUGGGAU